GCCAGUGAUAGUGCCACAGCCGAAAGGUGCAGUCGCUGGGGAUCUUCCAGAUCUGGGUGGAGCAGUCAGGGUGUGUCUGCGCGUUGAGUCACUUUGCGAGGAACAGUCCGUGCGUCCUCCUGCGGAACAUAAGGUGUUAGGACAGGAGCUUUCAUCUUUGCUGGGGUUCUCUGCGGCAAAACAUACACAUCAUCUGUCGCCUUCUCUCUUUACCUGGAGUCCGGCUUUCGGCUCCGGACAUUACACAUUACAAAAAUGGCUCAAGCUUUAUUAUUCACCUUGUGCGUAAUGUUGAUCCUUCCCCGUGUGGAGUCGUGUUUCAUCCCGGAGUAUCUCUACGUGGUUGUGCCGCAAACUGUUCUGCCCCAAUACGAAAUCACCAAAGUCGAUGUCUCAGACUGCGACAGAAGCACCGUGCGGAUCACCGUGACGGACCCGAGCUUCACAGUGAAGUCGAGCGGGGCGAUAGUGGCUUCCACGGCCGUGUACGUGGGAGGCAGAGGGCGGACAUUUUCUGUCUGGGCCCAGGACGACGCGGGGCCGGGAAGUGAGAUGGAAGUUCACCUUGUGCACAGCGAUCUUCAGCGGCCACAGAAUGAUCAACGCUUCCUGAAGCGCUCCAAGAGACGGUGGAGCCCCCCCCCCUUCAACAUAUUAGAGAAUGACCCCGGGCCUUAUCCCAAAGAGAUAGAGAAGAUUGUGUCUGAUUCUGAAGCCAUACAGGACGUGUACUACACCUUCAGCGGACCCGGUUACAAUGAGCACCCAGUGGGAGUGUUCACCCUUGACAGAAUCUCUGGGAUGUUGACUGUGCACAAAGCAGUUGAUCGUGAGGAGUUCCCGAUGUUUAUACUGAGGACCAGAGUUUUCAACAGUAAAACAAAUAAGGAGACGGACUUGCCCUUGGACAUUGAAAUACAUGUGGAUGAUGUGAAUGACAAUGCUCCGGAAUUCAUAUCUGGCCUGAAGUACACUGUGCUCGAGCAAAGCAAAGCAGGGACAGAGGUGGGGAAGGUGAACGCUUCAGACAGAGACAAAGAAAAUACCCUCCAUGUCAAGAUCAGGUAUACUCUCAAGACUAGAUUAGACCUGUUCGCCAUAGACCCAGCGACUGGUGUCAUCACCACAGUAACCAACACCCUGGACAGAGAGGUAAAAGACAAGCAUGAGGUGAUAGUGGAAAUCAAAGAUAUGUUCGGUGCAGACAAUGGGCUGUUCAAGACAGGAACGGCAACAAUUACUGUGGGGGAUAUCAACGACAACCCACCUACCUUCACAAAAGCAUCUUACGAAGCCAAUGUCAAAGAAAAUGAAAAAGAAAAACUCAUCCUUCGAAUCCCUGUAGAGGACAAGGAUUUAGUAAACACGGAGAACUGGAUUUCAAAAUUCAUCAUCACUAAAGGGAAUGAAAAUGGCAACUUCAGGGUCGACAGGGACCCCAAAACAAACGAGGGUCUUCUGUACGUCGCAAAGCCCUUAAACUACGAGAAAAACAAAAAUGUAAAGCUGGAGAUCAUGGCACGUAACGAAGCUGAGCUGAGCGGCACCAAGGCACAGUGGAUGUCCAUCCCUGUGGACGUCGCCGUCACCAAUGUGGAUGAGGGCCCAGAAUUCACAGCUCCUACAAUCCACUUCACCGUCAAAGAGAACCAGCCAAACGGCACGCUGAUAGGAAUCUACAAAGCCGUGGAUCCUGAGACCAAGAGCAGCAGCGGCAUCAAGUACUACAAGGCCACAGACCCAGCCUCCUGGAUCAAUGUGGAUAAAGUUACAGGAGAGCUGAGGGUUGCAAACACAAUCGACAGAGAGUCCAACUUUGUAACCCGUGAUGGAAUUUACAACAUCACCAUGAAGGCUGUUGAUGCUAGCUCCAAAACAGGCACAGGCACAGUCAUCAUCCAUGUGGAGGAUGUCAACGACAAUGUGCCAACGGUCCCCGUCAGCGAGCUGUUAUUAUGCGAGAAGGAAGGGGAGCUGGGCUCGGUACUGGUUGUGGCUGAAGACAAAGACGCACCUCCCCUUUCUUCCCCUUUCACCUUUAGUUUGCCCCCUGACAACGACGGCACAUGGACAGUGACGAGAUUAAAUGCCACAACAGCGACUUUGAAGCAUAACAAAGAACUUCCAACUGGGAUCUACAGUGUUCCAGUGCACAUUACAGAUCUGCAGGGCUCUGGUGAAACACAGAUGGUGCCGGUCCGGAUCUGCCAGUGCAGGAGUGGAGUCUGCUUGGCCAAGGACAGAUCAACAUCAUUUGGGGGCCUGGGUGUUCUGGCUAUGCUGUUACCUCUGGCCCUCCUCCUACUGCUCUGUUUACUCCUCGGCUUUUUCUGUAUGACGAAGAGAGAGAAGUUCGAGCUUGAAGACACAGCAGACUACGGCGGAAUCAUACUCAAAUCAAACACUGAGGGCCGAGGGGAUGAAGUGGAUGUCAGUCUCAUCCCUGUCCCCAACAGUGUAGUCGGAGAAAUAACAAAGGGCUCAGUUAAGGAGUCUUUCAAGAAUGCAGGAUACCAGGGAGUAAAGAGCAUGAGCACAAUCGGAGGUCAAAGCAUGAACGGAUGGAUGUCUGGAACCGACUUUCAGGGGCACUCUUCAAGCCAGUUCGAUACUCUCGGAGGCCAGAUGGUUGGAAGUGGCAUGAACUUUGACAAUAGACAAGUUGUCCAGGAUUCAACUUUUCUCCACAACUGGGAAACCAAUAGCAUGUAUCUAUAUAGGAAACUGGGCUACCUGGGAACAGAGGAGGAUGGACGCUACGCUGAUGACAUCGCUCACUCUUACGGGUUCGAGGGCGUGGGCUCCGCAGCCGGCUCUGUUGGCUGCUGCAGCGACUUUGACGACAGCGAUAACCUUGACUUCCUAAACGCGCUCGGACCAAAGUUCAAAACUCUUGCAGACGUUUGUAAAAAGACAUGAACAAAGGAGCUGAAAUAAAGGUGUUUACUUUUCACCGUACAGCAUCUAGAGCGAGGCCUGGGAUCUGAGUGCUCGAUAACGCCCCUGAACGUGAAUGGAAAAAAAGAACAGACAGGCAGGCUACAUCAGUCUGUGCAUACACUGCUCUGCUAUAGCUUUUUGUUUUGUUUAGUUUUUUAAGCUUUUCUUAGCUUUUAUUUUGGUAAGAGUCUUUUGCACUGAGAACUAAUAUGUAUAUAAUAUGUAUUAACAUGUCGCUUGGCUUUACAGGUCAUGAAGCUUGUUGUAGUGAUACAUGCAAUGAAGGGCUGUGGGGUUUUCUAAUUAAUUGAUAACAAAUGUGGGUAUUUUGGCUAUCAUUCAUAAUUUCUGUUAACAGUGUAUCAUACAAUUUUGCAUUUGUGAGGCUGCUUGUUGGCUAAAUUGGAUAGUUUUGAUAUAUUUUUUAAAGAGAAAUAAAUAACUAAAUGAAAUAUGACACUUAUUAGACACACACUUUUUUUUUUGACAUUCCUCUCAUAUUAUAGUUGACACACAAUUAAUGUUUAAUGACUUCCACUGGUUUUUUAAGUACAGUACAUAUCUGGCGCCUUGUUGUCGUUCGUGGUGGUGAACUGUGCGUAACUUCAGGCUUGGCUGUCCCUGAGGUUAUUGCAACAUACUGGCAGUAAUCCUGCCAGCACAAGGGUGUGACCGGGUGGAGUGAGGCGUCACCGACAUCGCCUGCAACUGCCUGCACGUGAUGUAAAGAAAGCUAACCAGUUCAGACAAAUGCUCUCAUAAUGUGAUAAAAUUCAUUUGACAUUCCCCUGCAGGCAUUCGUGUGUGUUUGUGUCUGUGUGUGUGCGUAUGUGUGUGUGUAUUCAGCUGUUAAAUCUGUAAUCAUGCAUUGUCAUUAAAGAAUGUGUCUCGGUGAA